CCGUCACACUAAUUGUGCUCUGUACAUGUAAACUUAAGUUCGCCUGUGGGUUUCUAGGAACCCCAUAAUCAGUCUUUUUUGUAUCUGCGGUUACUGCUCCAUAGAAUCUGUAGUCACUGCAAAAUGCUAUUUUCAAAAGGUUAAGAUCUUUAAAUAAUGAUAAACUUUUAUGUUCACUUGCAUUGUAAGUUUGUAAUGUCAUAUCAAGCGUUCCGAUUUACUGCUACUAAGUAAGUUUUUUAAUAAAAAUGGGCACAAAAACAUUAAAUGACAUUCACAAUGAUAUCAAGCAAUUAAUAUCAACAAUAACUUCUUUUGAGGAAAAUGAAGAAGGAUUUAGAAUUUGUGAAAGAUUUUGUAUGAUAAAUAUUAAACAUCAUCGAUACCUAUCUGUUAACAGCACUACUACAAAAGAAGCAAUUAAAGCUCUGAUCACAAAGUUUUCAAUUCAUGGAAAAUAUGAUGUAGCAAAAAAAUUCAAGGAACUUGUUGAUAUAUUUUUAUCCAGUUUUGAUUUUGAACAACAUCCACAAUAUGAUUUGCAAUGGUGUUUGUUAACUCUCCUAUUGGAAUUAGCUAAAGAAACUCAUAAAUCAGAUUUAGAAUGUUUGACAUUAAUACGUGGAGAAUUUACUUUCAAUGUAACAAGUGAAAAUGAAAAGGAAGUUCCAGAUGAGAUUGAUUGGGCUGAAUAUUUAAAAGAAGGUCAUGAGAAUUUUUUUGAUGACUAUAAAAGUGAUACAGAAAGUGAAUGGUCAGAAGAUGAAGAAGAUACUGACAAUUUGAGUACAAAUUUUGAAGGAUCUACAGGUGUUACAAAUACAGAUAAAACAAUAUGCAUACCAAAUACUGAGAAAAAAAGAAAUCAAUUAUCAUUAGCAUUAAAUGAGGAGCUUAAAUCUAAAAACUGGUUACUAUCAAAUGUUCAAAAUACUUGGUGGAAUGAAUUACAGUGGAGGAAAUAUCCAGUUAAAAGUAGAGUCUGUGAUGCUCAUCUUUGUGAAAUUUGGCAUAAAGCAAUAGAAGGAGAUUUUUACUCAAUUGGAACACUUAGUGAAUAUUCAGUGUGUAGAGAAUUGUUGUGGAUGUUUCAUGCUCCAAUGCAUAUGGUAGUGUUUCAAAAAAGUGGAGAAGCAAAAUUUUCCAUCCAUUCCAAUAUAUCUAUACCCAGUUUAACAACUGUUGCUUUUAACAGUAUUCUCUUACCAUUUUGUGAACAUUUUUCAAUAAUAUAUGAUAUAGAAAAAUUUGGAACCGAUUUAUAUGUAGAACAGGAUGGUUUAAAUAAAAAACCACCUUUGACUUAUGAAACAUACAAUUCAAUUCUUAAACAACACGUAAUGAAAUUUAAAUCUGAAAUAAUUGAUAUAGAAAAAGAACUUAUGAAACAAGAUAAAACCUAUACACUUUUAUCUUUAUCAUCAGUCUUGAAAAAAAAUUUAUACAAUUUAAAAAUUUUACAUCAAGUUCACAAAAAGGCUGUAUGUAAUUGGAGGAUUUAUCCGAAUUGGAAAUGCGCAUCAAAAUUAUUGUCGUCUUUGUAUUUCGAAAUACAGAAAUCACAUAAUCAAGAAAGAACAAAUAUUUGUAUCAGUUUAUAUUUAUCUAGUCUUACUGUAUAUUUAAAUAUAAUUGACACGUGGUUAAGCGAAGGACGAUUUGAAGAUUGGAGGGAAGAAUUUAUAAUUGUCAGAGUAUUGAAUGAUAUAGCGUUAGAAAACACUGAGCAAUAUGAAACAUUUUCUUUGAGACCUUUGGAUGGCAUAUGUUUAUCAGAUCCUAUAAUGCGAUUUUUAAUAAGAAAAGUACAACAUAUUGGUCAAAGUAUUGAGUUAUUAGUAUCUCUAGAUCGUAUUACAGAUAUAUGGAAAAUUAAUAUUGGAAAUGAUGGAACAAAACCAUCCCUAGUUGAAGAAUUUUAUACUAAAUUAGAUGUGGAAAUUUUGAAGUAUAGUAAAUGUAAGCCACAUAAAGAAAUACCUUCAAUUAAUGAAGAUGAAGUGAAAGAAGAUAAGCAUAACGAAGACAUAGAUAAAAAUAUCAUACAACAAUUAACUGAAUUUAACAAUCCAUUUUUAUUAAAAGCUUUAGAAGAUUAUCUACCUUCUGAAUUAUUAAACAAAAGUAGCACUGAUACUUUUAUAGCUAAAUGUCAAAGUAACACAGUAAAGAGUAACAAUAUAUUUAAAAGACUUGAAGAAGUAUCAGAUUAUAUAUUGCCAUUCCGAAAAAUAUUAGAAAAUAUUUUAGCAGAGAUUUUAGUUACACGUUAUAAUGGUGCCAGUAGAUUAGUGAAACACAUGAUGUCAGAAGAAUAUAAAUUGGAAUCACAUUUAACAUUAAUGAGAUCUGUUUACAUGAUGGAAGCUGGUCAUAUCAUGAACAAAUUUUAUCAAAAAUUAUUUCACGAGAUUGAAACCAACCAAAUGUGGAAUAACUCGUAUUUUCUAUCGUGUAUACUUGAAGAAAUCCUUUCUCAAUGGUGGCCGAACUCAAGUUCGCGUUGGUCUAUUACAGUUUCUAAUACACCUACAAAUCAAGUAUUAACGGCUGUAGAUAACAUAACAUUACAUUAUACUAUAGGCUGGCCUAUGAAUAUUAUUUUAAAUGAAAAAACUUUUAUUAAGUAUAAUGAGAUAUUUAGGUUUCAGUUAAAAUUAAAGUGGGCUUUAUGGACGUUAAAUAAUUUAAGAUUUAGUGAUUUAGAAGGAUCAAAAUCAAUGUAUAAAAAGAAUAAAUUAGAACAAUUUCAUAUAAGACGAAUUGAAAGUUUGCGAUUUUGUUUAUUACAUGCAAUUAGCUCAAUACAUACGUAUUUAUCAGGUCAAGUGCUACAAAAUUUAAGUAUCAUAUUAGAGAAAUCUUUAAUGCAAACUGAUAGCCUUGAUGCAAUUGUAUCAGUUCAUAAUGAAUAUUUGAAAAAAGUUCAUGAACAUUGUUUGCUAACAACGGAAUAUGAAGAUUUGAUGGCUACUAUAAAUAAUUUAAUUGAAAUGUGUAGUCAUGUUCGAUCUCGAUGGAAUUAUAAAAAGUUAAUGUUUAUCAGUGAAGAAUUAGAUGUAUUGGAAAGUAGCUAUAAUAAAUAUCACACGUAUCUUGCUUUAGCUCUACACAAUGCGAUACAGAAUAAAGAUGCGAGUUACUUGACUGGUUUAAGCUCUGCAUUUAACUGCAAUAUGUCACGUGUUUAACGCUAAUACGCUUACAUAUUAAGUUUUCAUAAUUCUUUAGCAUUGUGUCUAUAAAGAAAAAGUAAUGCUGUAGUAAACAUGUAUUACCAUUAGAAAUUUUUUAAUUAUUUUUUAUAUUAAUAAUAUGUAUUUAUUGUUAUCUUUACUAAUGUUAUAGAAUGUGUUCAUUCCUUGUAUAUUUCUACAAAU